AUGCUGCAGCGUAUAGAGAAAUUGAAAGUGCCCAAGGAGCUGGGAGCCAGAGAAAAGCGCAACAACCUGCGAUUUUUGGAACUAGCCAAGCGGAUGGCCACGCAGCUAGAUGUCAUUGACCGGAACAAGGAGGCUCUGCGGAAGGUUCUCACUGAGUCCGACGAGGAGCGGAUGUCCAA